GCGACUCCCCUUUAAUUGGACACCAGAGGACUCCAAGUGCAUGCCGAGAAGCUUAGGACCAAAAAAUAAGCCAAAAGGAGAGGGAUCCUAAAAAAGGGGUAGGAAAAAGGAGGAAGGGCGCUCGGAGGCAGUGUCCUGCGGUUGGCCCACCGUGCCUGGACGUCGUAAGGCGGGUCUGGGGGGCGCUCCCUCUCCGGGCUGCGGUCUUUGCCGGUACCUGCGCCGGACAUUAGCGAGGCAUGGCGCUGCUAACCCUGCACAGAUCUCCCUCUGUCAGCACUACGCCAGAUGAAAGUAUUCCCAGAAGAGGGAGACUUCAGAAAAGAGAGAGCUUUGCUCUCGUGAAGGGGGUGGUCCUCUUGCUGGAAGAGGGGGAACGGCCUGCCGAGGACACCACACCCCCGCUGUACAGACAGCUCCCCCUUGGGGGCGGGUCAUCAGACACUCAGCACAGGCACCUCCAUGCAAUGGUGUCAAUGCUUCGACCCGAGGACACCCUCAAGCUGGCUGUGCGCUUGGAGUCGGUCAGUCCCGUCAGAGUGAGGUACUUGCUGAUCAUUUCAACUCUCUGCAAUAAACACGAGAGCAUUCUGUUGGGCAUGGACUUCCCCAGCAAAGACAGUGACCAAUGUACUAUUGGCCUAGUGCUUCCCGUAUGGAGCGACACUCAAGUCUACCUGGAUGGCGACGGAGGGUUCAGCGUCACGUCGGCCGGGAACACAAAAAUUUUCAAACCCGUGUCCAUUCAGACCAUGUGGUCGGUGCUGCAGGCCCUGCACGGGUGCUGCGAGCGCGCAGUGAAGGGCGCGGUCAUCCCCGGCUGCGGGCUGGACUGGGUGCAGAACUACUGCGCCCUGGUGGAGUCGGACCGCAACUGCCUGAACGAGUGGGGCGCCAUGACGGGGCUGGAGUCGGUGAGGAGGGACGACAUGGGGCAGAGCUCCUCAGAAAGGGUGAGUGUGGAGAGGAGGAUUAAGGCCCAGCUGAGGGAGAUCAUGAGGACAGAGGACCUGGAGAACAUCACCUCUAAACAGGUGCGUUGCGCCCUGGAGACCAGCAUAGGAAUGGACAUGAAGGACUACAAAGAGUACAUCGACAACGAGAUGAUGGUCACCAUGGCGCAGAUGGACAAGCCCUCCAAAAUAUUUGACUACCUUUACCUGGGAUCUGAAUGGAAUGCUGCCAACUUUGAAGAACUUCAGAAAAACAACGUGGGCUACAUUCUGAACGUCACCAUGGAGAUCGAUAACUUCUUCCCAGAAUCUUUCACCUACAUGAACAUCCGAGUGUACGACGUGGAGGCGACCGACCUCCUCGCUCACUGGAACAACACCUACAACUUCAUCAACAAGGCCAGGCAGAGUGGGCAGGCGGUCCUGGUCCACUGUAAGAUGGGGGUGAGCCGCUCGGCCUCCACGGUGGUGGCCUUCGCCAUGAAGCAGCAGCACUGGCCGCUGGACUGCGCCCUGGCGUACGUGCGGGAGAGGCGGCCCAUCGUGCAGCCCAACGAGGGCUUCAUGAAGCAGCUGCACACCUACAGCGGCAUCCUGCAGGCCAGUCAGCAGCGCCACAGCGCCCUCUGGAGGCGGAAGUCACGGGAGAUGAGGAAACUGUCCCUCCACCGCAGCGAGGAGGAAGCUGCUGGAAGUGAGGAAGACGAGGAACAAGAAAGCCAGGAAGAUGAGGAAGAGGAAGAAGAAGAGGGGGAGGAGGAUGACGAGGAAGAGUUAAAAGAUGUGUUCCCAGAGCCUGCCCCUCUGCCUCAGCCCCAGAAGGAUUCUCACCCCCCCCCGCCCACUAUCCCGGACUCGGCAGGGCCUCCUGUCAUCCACAUUCAGGACAGUGACAAGGUGUCCCAGAGUCCCAGCCGAAGCGGCAGGAUGAACCUCUUCUCCCUCAUGCAGUCCAUCAGCGAGCUGGACGAGGAGGAGAGAGAGAGCGACAGAGCGCAGGCGGUGGCUGGUCAGCGGAGGUCUCCAGGGCAACGGAGGCGGGGUCAGGCCCAGGGCCGAAAGGGCCUUGUUCACCAGAGAGCCCACGUGGACGUGUCCCCCGAGCCACGCAGCCAAUCAGAGCGCAGAGGAGUGAGAGAGGAAGAAGGGGCGGGGCAGAGCUUGCUUGGUUCUGGUGGAGGAGGAGAGGAGCAGCACUGCAUGGAGGGAGGGGCUGAUGGAGGGGAGGAGGCGGAGCUUCAGGAGAAGAACGGCUGAAAGCCCUGGGAGACACGGGGUGAGACGAGAGGGUGACAGUAGGCAGGAGACACUAAGAACAAGGAGACACAUUUUCAGACACAUUGCAGGACAAAAACGCUUCAACGAAUUCUAAACCUAAAACACACACGGAAGAGCUAUGGCAGACACUGAUGUAGUGAAAUCACAAACGGUGGAUCACGUCUGACAUUCAUUAAGUUGAAAUGUUGAAAAUCUCCAUUGGAGAAGUUUCAGCCAAUCAGGCAAGUGAGCCGGGGUUCAGAAUGGGUGAUGGUGGCUCGUGAUUGGCUGAGAUGUCGAUGUCAUUCAAGGGUAGAUAUCCACUGUGUAAAGGAUGUCAGACGCAUAAAACGUCUUUAAAUAUUUCACUUGCCUUCACCCAUUUAUUAUUUUGUAUUUUCAGAAGCACAUAUAACUUAUAGAAGUAGAGGUUUUUACUGUGCAGUGCUUCACAUUGCUGUUAAAUCAAUACUGUAGCUGCACUGAGAGAAACGCACUCCUUACCACAGCAAAGCACUCGCGCUGUGUGUAUGUAUAUGACCGUAGUCGGUUGCUCAUUGCAGUAUUACAUUCGGUCACUACGGUUCCUAUAGGAGAAGUUCCCACUGUUCCUCGACACCAGCAGAUCCUAGUACUACUGUAGUGAAUGCUUACUGUACCAGGAAAGAUACAGUUUGAUAUUCGACACCACGUGGCUCUGUUUGUGUGGACAGUCCAGGGGCACCAGCACUGUUUGUGACCUCAGUUACACACACACUCACUGCUUCACUGUUCCUGUUAUAUUCAUGAGCAGUGGGCCGAGGAUAUCGUUUCUCACGGAGUCAGACAUGUUAAGUUAUGCUAUAUUAUAUAUUUUAAUUUUACAAACAAUGUAGGCAUUUUCAAGUAUUAUCAGGAGUCUCCCUCGCUCUCUCUCCCUCUCCCUCUCCCCCCCUUGCCCUCCCCCCCUAUUUACAAAUCCUAUGCAAUAAUACUAUUUUAAGCUGUCUUUAUUCUGAGAAUGUGAAACUCUACGCUGGGAAUGAAUAGUUAUCAGGGCCAUGUGUUUUUUUUUUUUAAGUCUUUCUGCUGUGCAAUACAGUCAACAGCACAGGGGAUUCUGCCAUCUCAUGAUCAUGUUUUUUUGUGGAGACAUUUUGGUACGUUGAUGUUGCAUGAUUCGUCUCAGUAAGAGCAGUAAUACAGCCCUAAAAGAGAGCAGUCAGAGUGCAGUAUUUCUUACAUAGGGGAGUUGUACACAGCACACAGAAUGCCAUUAAUAACAUUUACAAUCUGGCCAUUGUGACCUUUGAUCUACAACUGGAGUCCUGUUUCCAGUUGUUAAAGAUUCCAAGCACAUUUUUGCAUAACUACAUAAUUCUGCACACGGCUAGACUGUGUUGGUGCCUUGGAACUGGACCAAAUGGUCAUUGUUCUAAAACGCAUGGCCCUGAUAACGAAGAUUAUUGAUAUUACCUUAUGUGGUGGUGGUUUUUCAGAUUUACAUUUUUUUUUUCUUUCACUGUGCCUUGCUGGGAAUUCGUGUAUUUUCGUAUGUGUGCCGAUGUGUAUGUAUGCACGUGUAUACUUCCUCAUUUUUUAAUGAAUGUUUUGGAUGCAUUUAUCUGCGUGUCAGAGCAUGAAUCUCUAUGUGGUGUGUGUGUACAUGCGUGUGUGUGUGUGUGUGUGUGUGUGUGUGAGAGAGAGAGAGAGAGAAUUGCACCAUUCCAAGUUUUGGACUUCAGUAGGUGUCCGUUGAAGUCAAAGUAAAAAAAAAAAAAAAAACCAAAGCUGGAUCCCAUCUUGUCUGUAUUGCAAAGUGUCCUGGAUGUAAUGUGUGAGUCAUGUACUGUGCUAAGCUUUUCUGUACUUCGUCGUACUGAAUCGAUCAAUGUCUCUAUGCAUUGCCUUGGUUCUGGUAAAGUGUUAACCGUAUCUAUACCU